UUUAGUUUUAAAAAAAGUUAUACGAACGCAAGAUGGCUGCCAAUUUAUGUGAACGCAAGGACAAAGUUUCAAAGUGAUUUUCGUUAGUUGUUUUAAUUUAGCUGUGACUGUGAUUUAACCAUUUUACUAGUUUAUGUUUAUAUUUAUGUGAGUUUCACGUGCUUGUGCAAUUUUUACAAGUUAUUAGUGCUGUUAGAUAUCAUAGUGCACUUUGUUGGAUCGCCUUUGGAUGUGUUCAGUGUUCAAUUCUGUGAUUAUUUACUCAGUGACAGUGCUUUUCGGGCUGUGAUAAUGCUAUUAAUUGGAUGAUGCUGGCGUGCUGACGAACGGAGAAGCAUGGAGAAAGCGAAGGCGUACAUCAAGAACCGCUCGCCGCCGAGCGACAAGCCGCCGCCGCCCGACGACCGCGUGUGCUUCGUGUGCGGCGGCGCCGGCUUCGCGGACCAGUACCGGAUACGGGUCAAGCCGGACCCUCAGUCGUCGGAGCCGUACUUCCCGUUCCUGGGCGCGCACCCGCCGCCGGCCGGCUACCGCGGCGACGGCGACGGCGACACGGUGCGCUGCUGCUGCGUGUGCUACACCUUCCUCCGGCAGCAGUGGGAGCAGUAUGACCGCGAGAACAAACCCCACAAUCAAAGGUUCUACUGGAUGAAGCGGCUAGAUGGAAAACAAUUUAUCGGUGCGGACAUGUCGUUCCAGGGCGAGUACGCGGCGCAAGUGCUGGGGCUUGGAGCCGAGCACGCGCGGCCGCCGCCCUCGCCGCGCCCCGCCCUCAACCACGAGAGCAAAAGGGUGCCGGAGACUAAUAACAUUGCGCGCUACCCCCCCGCGGGCGACGAGGACGGCGUGCUGGACCUGCGCGCGCGCGAGCCCUCCGUCAUCAGCGUGGGCUCCCAGCACUCCGCCGCCAGCGAGCCGGCUUACUUGGACGCCGUCAGAUCCACGGUCUCCGUGUACAGCGGCAACUCCAACUCGUCAUCAGACCGCGACAUCCUGGACCUGUCCAUGCCGGACAAGAACAGCGUGACGGAGGUGUGCUACGUGUGCGGCGACGAGCAGCGUCGGGGGACCCUGGCUAACUUGUGCACCAAGCAGCCGCGCGACCAGCAGACGAAGCAGCCCUACUUCCCUAUAUUCGGCGAGCAGCACCCGCGGCCGCCGCGCUCGCGACCCAAGGACGCCGCCGGCACCGUGCGCGCCUGCGCCGCCUGCACCGCGCACCUCGUGCAGCAGUGGAACACCUACCAGAUGCGCGGAGUCCCGUGCGCCGAGCGAGUGUACAGCCUGCGCAGCCGCCCGCCCUCGCAGCUGCCGCCCUCGCCGCUGUCGCUGGCCAGCAGCGGGGACAAGCCGCCCGCCACGCACUCCCCGCGGGACAAGCACUCCGCCAGCUUCGUGUGCUACGUGUGCGGCUGCUCCACGGCCAGCUCGCAGCUGAGACUGGUCUACUGCUGCGAGAACCGCGAGCGAGAGCCCUACUACCCCUUCAUCAGCAGCCUCACGCCGCACGCCCUGGCCAGCCCCAUCAGCCCGCAAGGCAUGGUGCAAAUCUGCGCGUCGUGCAACAAGAGUAUUCCCCUCAAGUACCCGCCGUACGGAGACGCCGAGCCCGCGCCCGCCAACGACAAUACUAAUAAUAUACGGUUCAAGCCCUACGACAUAAAGUCUCCAUCGAGCGUGACCAAGCGGCCCAGCAGCGCCGCGUCCAACGGAGCGCCGCCCGAGCACGGGACUGGACUUUAUAGAUGCUACGUAUGCUGCGGCCUAUUCCCCCAACAGUCCAUGGAGUGGCUGUCCACCAUGGCUGAAUACAUGAACUCUCACGCCAUGCACUUCCCGUGCCUGGCGCGGGGGGCGGGCGCGGGCGCGGGGGCGGGGGCGGGGGCGGGCGGGGCGCGAGUGCUGGCCUGCAGUAGAUGUGUGACGCAUCUGACCAGGCAGUGGGAGCUGCUGGAUCAGGAGAGGGUGCCUAUUGAGCAUAGAAGAUACAACAUCCCGUCGCCCCUGCCGUCUGCGGCGGCGCCCGGCGAGCGCGUGAUCCCCACGCCGCCCUCCACCACCUCCGAGCGCACCGUCGCCAGCAACACCGCGUGCACAUCGUCCAUCUACUGCUACCUGUGCGGGCUGCACUCGGACUUCACUCUGGCUCGCGUGCUGUACGGGCAGCCGCAGGGCAACGCGCCCUUCUUCCCCUGCCUGCUCACGCACCAGAGUCACGCGAACGCGGAACAGCUGCGGGAAAACGGGUCUGCGCUCGUGUGUACCUUCUGCUACCACUCGCUGCUCAACCAGUGGCGGAGAUACGAGGCGGUGGGCGGGUACCCGCCGGAGCGGCGCGUGUACAACACUCAUGACUACCACUGCCACCUGUGCGGCAUCAAGACGUACCGGAAGAGAGUUAGAGCACUGCCCAUUAAGGAAUUCCCGUUCUUAGUGCAGCGGCGGACGGAGAACUCGCUGUUGUUAGAGAACGGCGACUACGCCGUCGUGUGCUUAGACUGCUACGAGAGCUUACGAACGCAAGCGCAAGACUACUCGCGUCGCGGCGUCCCUGUCGAAAAACGCGAGUACAACUGGCUGCAGCAGCCGCCGCCGCCCGAGGACAGUGCUGAUGUGACCAUCGCGCGCCUGCCCUCCGGACACCGCUCCGACCGCCUCAUACCUCAACCGCUGGUGUUAUCCCGCUCGUCGUCCAAACGCAAUAGUCCCAAGACGACUCCAAACAACGACCGCCGCCUCGCCGCGCCCAGAAAUGACAAGCACGAUCAAGGCGCGAGCGCGAACAAGAUCGCGAAGCGCACGGACCUGGCCCCUAACAAGGGCAGCGGCCCGUUCGCGGCGGCUCUGCGCACGCUGGCCAAGAACGCCGGGCCCGAGAGCAAGGACGGGCCGGCGCCCGAGCCCGCCAAGGAGAAGCCGCCGCCGGCCAAGCGCGCCUCCCCCGCGCAUCACCUGCCGCAGGCCGGCUUCCAGCCCUACCGACCCGACGACAGGGUGCACCACCCGGCGUCGUUCCCGCUGCUGGAGUCGCCGUACUCGCCGUACUCGCACCCCGCGCUGUACUCCAGCGCCGCGCUGCAGUACAGACUAGCAGCAGAAGAGCAAUUGUACUUCGAGCGCAUGUUCCGCGGCGGCGCCGGCGUGGGCUGGCUGCCCCCCUACCUGUACCCGCCGCCGCUGGCGCUGCACCACGUGCCCCCGCACCCCCCCCACCCCGCGCACCCCGCGCACCUGCCGCCGCCGCCGCCUGUCCAUGAGGAGAGGGAGAAGGAGAGGGAACGGGAGAGGGAGAGAGAGCGCGAACGCGAGCGCGAGCGCGAAGCCCGAGAGAAGGAGCAGCGCGAGCGCGAGCGAGCCGCCCGGGAGAAGGAGUCGCGAGCGCUGGCGUGCCACCUGCCGCCCUACGGCCUGCCCCGCGCCAUGCCGCCCCUGCUGUACCGCCCCUACCGCCCCUACGCGCCCUACGACGCGCCCGCCAACCUGUCCCUCUCGCACCGCGAGCUGGAGAGACCGGAGCUUAGAGCCGAGAGACCGGAGCUUAGAGCCGAGAGACCGGAGCUUAGAGCCGAGAGACCGGAGCUUAGAGCUGAGAGACCGGAGCUUAGAGCCGAGAGACCGGAGCUUAGAGCCGAGAGACCGGAGCUUAGAGCCGAGAGACCUGAUCUUAGAGCCGAAAGACCUGAUCUUAGAGCUGAGAGACCCGAUCUUAGAGCUGAAAGACCCGACCUCAGAGUCGAUAGACCAGAGCUGAGGGCUGAGAGGCCAGAAUUGAGGGCCGAAAGAAACGAUCUAAGAGUUGAAAGACCAGAGUUGAGAGCGCAGGAGCUGCGAGUGGAGAGGCCGGAGAGCCGCCCGGAGCGCCCCGAGCCGCGGGACGACAACGAGCAAGAGAAGAAGGAAGGUGAAGACAAAAACAACUUGUGUGAAGCGGACCGCUUCGUAUGUAUCCGCGAACCGCAUUAUCUUCGAAACAGAGCUGAAAGUGUCGACACAAUAAUAAAGAACAUCAGGAGAAGCCACUGGGUGAUGGCCCGGCCCAUCCCUGACCUGAACAAGGUGUCUAAACUAUCGGAGCCCGCGACUAUAGACGGACGUAGUAAGACGAUUCUAGCUCACGAGGAAGAUAUCCCCUACUUUGAAGGGGUUUGUCGCAAGAAGUCGAAUAAUAGUCUUGUUUUAGGCACAUUCUCGGGAUGGCUGGCCGGUGUUGCCAUCGUAAAAAUAGGGAAACUCGCCGCGUUCGGGCUCGGCGGAGGGGUGAUUCUGCUGCACUUCGCCAGUGAGAGUGGCUACAUCGACGUGCACUGGGAGAAGGUCAAGGCCACAGCUGCAGAAUCGCCGCGCGCGCUCGACCGUUGCCUGCGUCUAGCCAGAGACAACAGCUGCUUGUCUAUGGGCUUCCUCGUACCUAAAGUUUCUUUAACUGAACCUUUCACUUCCACAGCUCGAUCAGCGCCGCCCACCCCUGCGCCGCAGCCCACGCCCCCGCCCGAGCCGGACAAGCCCCCCGACCCCCCCGCGCGGCCCCCGGACCCCCCGCGGCCCCCCGACGAGCCGGCGCUGUUCCCGGAAAAACCCGCCUUCCUGCCGCCCAAACCUGUCCCGCACUCCCCCAAGAUAUCCCCUUCCUCAAUCCCCAACCCCAGUCCCAGCGUCACCACCAACAAGCAUGGCGAGCAGGGAUACCCUAGCUAUGGCGGGUACCUGUACUCCAUACCAGGGUACUCUGCAUUCCAACCAAUCGGGUACCAAGGAAUAGCGACACAGACUGUGCAGCCACCGGCCCCCCCUGUGAGCACAGCUAAUGAAACGAUUAGCAAGCCAGAAUUCAUCCCAUUUCCUAAGAUUUCAACUGAACAUAGUGAAGACAGAAAAGUCACAGAUACUAGUCUUGGGCCUACAGCUCCUGCAAAGCCAGCAGAUCCUUCGAAAACAGAUUUUGAAGAUCAUUUCACGCCUGAAAUUAUUCCGGCCACAUCUGAAACUAAGAACCUAACGAGUGAAUCUAAGUUAAGUAUAGCUUCGUUAUCGCAAGGAGCCGGCGCUACUGUCACAAUAUCUAACUCCAUGCAUGAGACUAAAAAGAAACAAACGGAGCGAUUCAGUUUGAAAACUAGCAUUCCUAUCAGCAAGAUCGAUAUGAAAUGUGUCAACACUGCAACGGACGCCACUUUUCAAACAAAUCUAACUAAAAAAACACCUGUCCCAUUUAAUCCUGCAUUUCAAACAACAAAAGAUAUCGCCAAUAAUAAUUUAAAAACUCGAGUUGAAAUUCAAAGCAAUGUGGUGAUCAAAAAUGCAGCUAAUAAAGAACCAGAAAUUAAACCAGAAGAACCUAUAAAACAGAUUGUACGCCAUACACCUAACAACAGUAUUAGCACUUUAAUUAACGCAGCUGAGGCGUUAAAUAGCAGCGAUAGCCCGUUUUGGAAGACAGACAAGAAUCCUGAGUCAUUAAAUAAAGAAACGGAAACCUUUGCUAAGCCCAUCACCACUAACAGACCAAUAUUCAACCCAAUGAACGCAGAACCAAAAUUAAAUUACUCAAACAAACCACCAGAUGGGUUUAGUGAGCAAAAAAAUCAAAUAGUGUUUAUACAAAAUAAGAAUCCGUCCAAUCCAAAGAUGCUGUUGACAAUAUCUCAACCAUCGCAGCCUCAGCCCCAAGUCAUACUUCAAAGAACAAACUGCGAGUCAAAAAACAUGCAAGCUCCUUCACGUCUGUCAAGCCUGACGAAGAAGUGCAAAGAAGAACUCAUCAGUGAGAAUAGCACUUCUUCAAAAGUCGUUGCGUUAAAACGUCUUCAUCAAGAAAAUUGUGACGAAAACGACUUUGAGAAUCUCAUUACAGAGAACCAAAUAUAUGGCAAUAAGAUAGUCGUGAAGGAGAAGACUCAGGGAACACUACAAGAGCAGGAAAUUAAGAAGAACUCCACCAAGAUAAUGAACGAAAAAUCUAACCAAACAUCAGAUACAAAAAAUGUUGUUUUACAACCUAAUUUUGUUUAUUUAAGCAAUUUACAAUUCCCAGCAAAUUUAAUGAUGAUUAAGAAUUCGGCAAAAGUCAACCAAGCCAUUAACGAACAAAUUAAGAUAAACUGCAAAGCAGAAGGAAAUGAAAAUAAGUUUUUAAACGAAAACAAUGUAAUUGGAAGUAAUGAUAUGGCUACAAAUACACAAAAAGCAAUGAAACCACAAAUUUCGGUCACAAAAGAAGUGCAUGUAUUAAAAUCAAGCAAUAAUGUAAUUCAAACAAUAACUCCUAAGAACAACAAAACAGAUUUAGUAUUUCAGACGAAUCAAAAAGUUAUAAUGAAUUCUCAAAUACUUUAUCAGGUACCCAUGAUAGUCGACACACAUGGAAUUACAAGCAAUGAGCAAAAAAUUAACGGACAAACAUAUUUAAACAGAGACUACACGAAGUUUUUAGCACAUAACAAGAAAGAUAAUAAUAUGUCGAGAAUCAACGAAAACACAAAAUGUAAUGAGAAAUUGUACAUAGCUUGUCCUUACCAAAUGGAUUCAAAACUACAGCCUAAAAUAGUAAUAACUAAUUUGAGGCCUAAAAUAGCGAAAGUUGAGGAAAUCAGUACUUUAGAUUUGUAUGAAAAAAGAAAAAGAUUGCGAAGGUUAAAACAUUUAACACCACGAGAGCAAAAGACUGAUUUUAAAAAGGAAAGGACAGAUAUACCUAGAAAUAUAAUCACUCCAGAUAAAAUGAAAGCUGAAAUAUGUAAAGAAUUCACCAAAACGCAAGUGAUGGAUUACGAUCAAACUAGCGAGAGUGAAAGCGAUGGGGAAGAGUCAGAGUUGAAAGAAUAUGAGUCAAUUAUAAAAGAGUUUAGCCCUCCUUCCAUAGUGGAAGAUCCAACACAGAAGAAAAGCUUUCUUUCACAAUUUAGACUGGGGACACAUGAAGAAUGUAAAGAGAAGCUGCUGGAUCGCCAAGAGCGCUCUCUACGUCGGGACGCAGUGGCAUCAGCGUACAUCAGCGUGGGUAGAAUCGACCGCCUGACCCGGGACCCGCCUGGUCAGCCGGCGACGGAGACUGACGCUGGCCCCCGCCCGCCCCUCGCCGGGACUGCGACGUGGAGCCACGAGCCUGAGCCUAGCGCCACGGUUCAGAAGAAACAGAUGUUCCUGUCGCAUUUGAGAUUGGUGCAGGUUUCUCCCCGGCAUAGAGAUGAUUACGAAAAGAUCUGGCACGAAAUAGUUAAAGAGCGAAGAAGAAGAAACGGCGACCCACAGCCGCCCCCUGCCAGCACUCCCACCGCCUCCGCUCCAGGGAACAUGACCAUGGACACAACAGACCACCUGCAGAUACUAACAGAUAUAAAGAACUCCGUCCAUGAAAACAACAACCUGAUAAAGCGACGGUUAGACGAGACGCAAGACUCAAGCAGCGCCGACAGCAUACACACUCUAGCCGAGAAGAACUUUUCCGAACUGUCCAAACUUUCCAAAAUGGCCGACAGAAGCGUCAAACUGUUCAGCGGACAAGACAUGAAGAAGCGCGACGUGAAUCCGGGGUUCGACAGCGAGAACAUGCAAAGACUGCACCAGAAGCCGUGCCAGAGUUAUGCUAAUAUAAAUAUUCCUAAUAUAAGUAAGAUAAUAUCGUUGAAGUCGUGUGCGGAGGCGAGCGUGGUGGCGAGCGCGCCGGCGACGUCCAUGGACGAGCCCCGGAGCUGCGCGGCCGGGCCGGGCGGGGGGACAGGCGGGGGGCCGGACGGGGGCACGGGCGGGGGCACGUGCGGGGAUGCGGGGGCGGAGGACCCCGAGCCACGUGCGAGCGCCUUCACGUGGCCGGGAGUCGACGCUGUCGUCAGGAGUUUUAAGGAAUUUGAAGCUGUGAGAAAGAGAGAGCUAUCCACUCUCCACCGCCGGAACACUUAUCUCCGCGUGGAGAGCGCCCGCGCCACGCGCACAGCCGCUCGGGAGGCCGAGCUGGCUCGCGCGCUGGCCACUGAACGAGCCUCGCUGGCCGCUGACGAACACAGCCUGCGCGUCAGCAUACAGAGGAUAAUGACCUCGGUGGACGCUGUUAGGAGUGCUAGUUUGCAUUGAGGAUGUUUUUUUUUA